AUGCAACCUGGAAAUAGCCACCCAGUGGGAUUUUAUUACUUGUCAUAUGAUGAACAAUUACGGUUUAGAAGUGAAGAGAAUCUUCCGUCACCAACUAUAGAUCUAGGAAAUUCAUUCGAGUCCCUUGACAAGACUACUACAGAAAAACAUGAAACAAAAGACUCAGUUGAUGAAUCUAGCAUUCCCGAUAUAGAUACUGAGGAUACUGAUCUUUCGAUGCAAUAUAUGAAUAUCUUUGCUCUGGAAGAGAUCACGUCUUCAAAACCCGAGAAGAAACCUAAGAAAGGAGGGAUAUUUCAUGGAUUAUUUAGACAAAAAUCUAAAGCCAAUCUUUCGAAGAGAGAUCAGAACGGUCAUGAGAAUAAAAGCUCACAAGAAUCAAAAGAAUCAAACACCAAAGACACAUUUGAUUCAACUUCAGAAGUGAGUUCUUUGACUCAUACCGUAAAUUUGCAAUAUUACGUACGCACUCCAACUAAAAAGACUCACAAGCGGAAAACCGACAGGUAG